AUGUCUACUCAUUAAUUAAACUUACGUGCAACCGUUUUUCACUCGAUUAUUAAUCCUCUCACUAAAAUAUGGGUAAAAAAUUUAGAAGCUAAUUCUUCUACUAAUUUGACUCUAAAUUAUCAAAAUACUCUUGAUUCUCUUAAUUAUCUAAGUGAUAAUAUAAAUAAUAAUAAUAAUAAUAUUACUUUAAACAACACAGUUUUUAGCGAUGAUCCAACAAAAUCAUCAUCCGAUUCUCCUAAUUUAUAAUACUGCUCCUUUGGUGAUGUGGGAUGCUCUCUCCUCACUAUAGCGAGCACUUUCCAUGUCAUUUAUAUUUUUUAUGUUUUGUACAAGAGUCUCAGUCUUUGGAGACAUCAAUUUAAGUAAAAUCGCUAAAUAUUCUUCGCCAUUGAUAUUGAAUAAAACAGGAUGCGCAAUAUUCUUGCUUAUGGUAUGAAAAUCUUUUUACAAGUUUUGGCAGGCUUGGAAGCACUUAUUAUGUCCAUUUUAGUAGUUGCCUUUCACAGAAAUGGAGGAAUGGUUAUUUUUGUAAUAUGCACACUGAAUUAUAUUUGCUGUUUCUGCUCUGCUGCUUUUAUCUAUUUUGAUGCAAUUACCUUUAAAUAAACUUUGCGACGCACUUUCAUCAUUAUUUUAAUCAAUUGCUUCUAAAAUGGGUUUAUUUUUGCUAUCCUUUUGUUUUGUAAUGCUAGAGAGCACAUAGAUGCAUACUGUUUCAUUUGUGCUUGUGUUUACAUACUGACUGAAAUAUCCUCAGCAGUCUAUACUAUUAUUAGAACUUAUGAUUUUAUAGAAGUGAAUCUAGAAAAUUUUGACUAAGUUUAGAAUUAAAACUCUGCUUCUCUGCUUAACGCUUCACAAGAAUAUGCCAACUACACUAACAGUGAGUAAAAUAUGUAUUAGCAGCAAACCACCCUCGAUUACGGAUAGUAUCGCUCUCAAAAUAACUCAAAUUUGUAAAACCAUUAAAAUCCAAAUUAAAACUACAAUAAUCCACAUGCAGCUGUUGCUCACAAGUAAUCUAAACUUGAAGAAGAAAAUACAUCUAGAAGUAAUAACAAAAAUAAUUACAAGCAAAUGCAACAAACUGGAUUUUCCUCUAGAAUUUCAACCCUCUCUAACGCUCAAAACACUUAAAACAAUAACAAUAAUAACAACAAUAACAAUAGCAGUAUUAAUAUAAUCAAUACAGGAAGCAGCAAUAACCUUGUAAAGAAAAGUUCAAUGACCCCAAAAACUCCUGGAAUGAUUACGAAUACUUUAGAAGAUAGCUUCAGCAGUAUUAAUCAUUGCGAAAACUUAAGUGAGGAUGAUAAUUCUUAUGAAAAUAACCCUAAUUAUUCUAAUAAUAAUAAUAAUAAUAAUGGUAAACUUAAAAAUUAAAAGAAGAAUGACCAAAAGAAUCGCAUGUAGUUGACUGCAAGAAGUAAGAGUAGUAUCUAAUGCAUAGGAAGAAAAGACUUCAAUUCAAAUGAUGACUCUCUUGAUAGAAUAGAAGAGGAGGAUGGAAAGUAUGAAUAAAAGAAAUAGUCUUAGAUUCAAGGACUCUUCAUUGGGGAUAAUUGGUCAGGAAGCGUAGAUUUCACUGAUAAUAAUCAACAAAAUAGCAAUAACUAAAAUAUAAACAAAAGUAAUCUCAUCAGCAACUUAAAAUAAUACUAAAUUUAAAUGAAUAAUAACUAUCAUUAGUCCUUCCAAAGAUAGCCAACUGUACUAACAGAUACUCUUUAGUCUUCUGUAGAUUUGAUGAGUAGUAACUAGUUCAUUACUCCAUCAUUCACUAAUCAUCCUGCAUAAAUUGAAUCUCAUACAAAUUCUUCAUGUAAUAGAGAUUCUUUAUAUUUGUCAUAGUAAAUCACUACUCCUUCUUUCAGCUAAAACUUCCAUCAGUAUAAUAGCAAUACAAACAACAAUAAUAAUCAUAGCUCAGCUAAAUCUUCUUCAAAUUCUUCUUUGAAGAAAGCUGAUAACUCCAUUUUUUCCUAGCCAUAAUAGCAAAACGACUACCAUUAAUAAUAAAAUAUCAAUAUCAGUAAUCUUAAAAGAAACUCUAAUUUAAACUGCUAUGAGAACAGUAACAUACAAGCAGCUUCUUUGAACUCUGCCUCUCCUAGUCUAGCAGCUAACAGUGGAGAAACAGCAGCUUUCUAACUUAACAGUGCUGGUGAUCAUUCUGAUAUUUCAAGUAAAUAAGAUUCGAGCCAAACAAGUGAUAGCUACCUCAUGAAUGGUGGAUAAAACAACUAAAACAAAAUGAUGAAACAAAAGAAUUAUCAACAAGGAAAAUAGUAAUAAAAUGCUUAAAUAGAAUAACAAGAUAAAAAAACAGUGACUAAUUAAAUUACAAAGUAAAAAUCUUUAAACAUGGCUACUUCUCCUUAAAACAGCUCACUCAAAAGUUCUCCUCAAUCAACUGACCUUAUUACCAAGAGUCAGGAUAAAUAGCACGUCUUAAAUCAAAUGAAUGAUCUAUUAUUUUGUAAAAAAUAGACAUAAUCUAACAUUUAAUCAUAGUAAGUAAGUCCUUAAUCAAAUUCAUAAUAACAAAUUAAAAAGGUGACAAAAACUGGCAGCUCAGAUGAUUUUAAAAAGAUGGUCAAUUAGACAGAAAAUACUAACAAAAAAGCAGCAGACCAUGCUAACUAUAAUUAUGCUUAUCAAUUAUAACCUAAGAAAGGAAAUGAAUCAUCGAAAAGCCAAGAUAAUUUAUACAAACUUGAUAGCUAAGACGAGAGUCUUGGAUACUAUUAAGAGAGAUAUUCUGAUCUUAAAGUAGUAUCAUUUGAAUAAUCAGAAAAAUUCGAUAAAAGGACUGUUGUUUUUAACAUUAGUUUCUUUGAUAGUAAAGGAGAAAGUAUGAUUAUUUAGAGAAGUUAUAGAGAGUUCAACGACCUCUAUAAAUAUCUAAGCAGCAAAUACAGACAGUAUAAAUUUGCUAAUUUUCCUAAAAAGCAGAACAAAGCAUAGCUAUCGAGCUAAGAGCUAGUUGAUAGGACCAACUAGUUUAACAUUUAUUUGUAGUCUGUCGUGACUUUAAUAAAGGAAGAAGUGAAUGUAAUCAAUCAUUUUCUCUCUAAAGAAACUAAUUGCUUCUCAUCUCAAGCUGUUAUAAACCAAACUAACCAGCAUACUAAUGAAAAACAAAGCAAAAGUUUUGCAUAAUCGCCUACAUCAACAUUUACAAACACUAGUAAAUAGUAAAGCAAUCUUAGCAAGAUUAACACCCUACCUUGUAAGCCAAGGAGUGUACCUGAGACAAUAUUUGAAGAUGCUAAUGAUUGUUCAAACGUCUUAACUGAUUCUAACGCCUCUAAAAUUGAUAACCAAGAUGAAUACAACACCAAAAAUUACUAUAAUUAUAGUAGAAACAGAACUAGUGAUUAAUAAUAAUUAAGUUAAAGCAAAAACAACUUAAAUAAUUCCAAUAAAAUAGAACAUUAGUCCUCAAAAAACAUCAGCUCUUCAUCUUCUACCUCAGGAAAAUAAUUUGGAAAGCAGUGA